CUCCGCUGCCCGCCAGCAGAGACGAAGCUCCUGAGUCGCGGGGCAGCUUUUGUUGCGUCGUCGGCAUCAGGUAUCCGCCGCAGCAUGUGGUCGGAGUCGUCCUGCCCCUGGUGCGCCCCCGCGGCAGGCAGAGCUCACGCUCCUGCCCCCCGGUUGGUCCGGGGUCUGGGCACCGCGUCGACGGUGGCUCCGCAAGACGCUCAGACCCGGCCGCAGCCCAUUCCCUGAGCGGACUGCAUUAUGAGGCAUCUGCCUUCCUUCUACCCGGGCCAAGCGAUGCGGGGCUUCGGCCGCGGCUCCAAGCAGCUGGGCAUGCCCACAGCUAAUUUUCCUGAGCAAGUGAUAGAUAAUCUUCCAGCUGACAUAUCCACUGGCAUUUACUAUGGUUGGGCCAGUGUUGGAAGUGGAGAUGUCCAUAAGAUGGUGGUGGGCAUAGGAUGGAACCCAUAUUACAAGAAUACCAAGAAGUCUAUGGAAACACAUAUCAUGCAUACCUUCAAAGAGGACUUCUAUGGGGAAAUCCUCAAUGUUGCCAUUGUUGACUACCUGAGACCAGAAAAGAACUUUGAUUCUUUAGAGUCACUUAUUUCAGCAAUUCAAGGUGAUACUGAAGAAGCUAAGAAAUGACUAGAUUUACCAGAACACUUGAAAAUCAAAGAAGACAAUUUCUUCCAGGUUUCUAAAAGCAAAAUAAUGAAUGGCCACUGAUGAAAAAUCGUAUUAUUUAUUCAUUCACUGUUUUCUAGUGCUUCUGUGUUUAUUACUGUCCAGCCUCAUCUUGGUUAUAUACUAAAAAUCAAACACUUUGCUACAGUUGUGAAUUAGUUUAAAAAGUACAAUGUAGUUACCAUACCAUGCUUCAACUGUUAAAUUAAGCCCAUUAUGUCAUAGCACUAAAAAGAUUCAGUUAAAAAUCAAGAUUUAAAAUAUAUAUAUUGAUUAAAAUGUACCACUAGAAAGGUAUUACAUGUGUAUAAGUAUGGGUAAAAAGGCAAGUCACUAGUUUGAGAUAAAAACUAAAAUUAUCAUGGUAAAAUACCAGCAUGUAUGUUCUUGUAUAGUGUGUACUUCUAAACAGAGGCUUAUAAAAGUAAAUGCAUUAAGGCCAAGUGCAGUGGCUCACACUUGUAAUCCCAGCACUUUGGGAGGCCGAGGUGGGAGGAUUGCUUGAGCUGAUGAGUUCAAGACCAGUCUGGGCAACAUAGCAAGACCCCAUUUCUAUAAAUUAAAAAAAAAAGGAAAUGCAUUAAAUAGAAGGUUGAUAGUUUAUCAUAAACCUGAGGGGAAGAAACUCAGGCUUCGUAUUUUUGAUAUUUUGUGCAUUAAUACAUUACAAACAUGAAGAUGUUUGUAAAAUUUUGUUGUAGUCAUUUUCUUUGCAGUCACAUCAUUGUACCACCUUCAUUAUUGUAUAGAGCUGCUUCAGUUCUGAGUCCUCUGGACUUCCUUUGCCUAUCUGCUUUUUGUUGUUAUUGAAGACAGCAAAAUAAGUAUUUUCAAA